AUGAGACAUACGAGAGACGAAUCUCUGUUACGAGAAUUAUCAUCUAGGUGCAGAGAAGGAGCUUCAGUUCACACUGCCUUACCAAGGAGUUACCAGGUUAUUAUUUUUUCCCAUCCUCACAAAACUAGACUUGAUUAAAGAUUUACGGUUUCUGUAUGUCAUAAGAUUUAGCCGGAUUGUUUAGUUUGUUUGAAAUCCACACAGUGUUUCUCAUAGUCUGUUACGUAACUUAAUACCCUAAGGGUGAAACCUGGAGUCGGCAAGUUCUGACAAAUGGAAACCCUCAGAGUAAAUGCCCGCAGCUCUCCCUUGCUUCUUGUAAACAGGGUAAACUUUGCAACGAUUUAGUCCACAUUAUCUUGUCUCAGCGCUUGUAAUACAUUGAUUCUUGGGCCACUCGAAUAAGAAAAAAACUUACGAAUGGAAAGCUAAAAGGUAUUAAAUCAUAAAUAGAUAAUUAAGGACUGGUGGUCUACCGCCCCUCUUCUCUAACCCCGAACCAAAGUUUUGAACCGUGCCGCUCUGAAUGAAAUCAUCGAUCUUGCCUGCUUCCUUCAAGGAAAGCUAAUUGUUGUUAUUACUGUUUUGUAGUCUCAGUAUUCUACGCCACAAGUAACGGAACAGCAAGCGAUUGAUUCUUUACAGGAUCGUACACUGACUUCAGAUCGGCUAUUGACAACGUAAGUACGAAACCAAGAAGAAUUUUUCAUCCUUCUUUUAGCGCGCUUGAUUGGUCCACCGUACGUCUUCCAACACGGCCAAGAUCAGUCAACCAAACUUUGAGUGCGGUCUUCGUAUAUAUUAUGCUUGCUUUGCUUUGAAACUGUCCUCAGUCUUUUCCACAAUUUCUUUUUUCUCAUUGUUUUAACGUCAAAUAUUAGUCUGAUUUUCAAUUUUAUUAAAACAGUGCCUUAAAUUCAAAUCCUUACUUACCAAAAAUCCGUAGAUCCGUCCAUGAAUAAUUAGGGAGUUAAAGCAACGACGACGGCGACGGCAACGGUGACGAGAACGUUUUUUUUUGGUACUGUACAUUUCUUCCGCCGUUACUACACGACUACGACGUGAAAAUGCCUAAUUUCACGUUUUAUGGAGGACGUAAACAAGCGACCAUGAAACUUUCUUCUCUUUCUAAACUUAAGUCAGGUCCCCAAGAAAUCAACUCCAGGGAAAUUUGCCUACAUUAGAUAUUUUCAGCGAACUAAAAUAAACGCGACAAAGUUUGAAAAAAACGCCAAUUCAUUUUAAAAGUGACUUUUUUGCUGCCGUCGCCGUUGUCGAUGCUAAAAGUCCCUUAUGAUAUUCCCCCCUGAUAUCUACAUACAUCAGAGACCAUGAGGGAUGUGUUUUGUUUUGUACUUAGCUCUCCGCUAUCAGUAAUUUGUUCUCACAAGUUGUUUCUAUAUUGAUUGAAUUUUCAAAAUCGUUGGGUAUGAACAUUCUUACUGUGGCCACGGCUGGAAGAAGAGAUUUCGUCUCUGAUACAAAACAGGCAGGUUUUAUUAUUUAGGGGAGGGGUGGGGUGGUAUUAACGGACAGUCAUUUCUUGUAUCAUCGCAGGCUAUCGAAGGAUAGCAUUUAACCCCCAAGCUCCUCCCGUCAAAAUCAAGUUGCUUUUAUAAUUGCCUUUUCCUAGAUGUUGUGAGGAACUGAUUCUUUUCCGUUGCUUUUACCUUUUAAGAUUAAGCAGGGACCGCCUUUCAAGUCCUCCACAAGAAAGACAUGCAAAUUACGACCUCUACAGAAGGCUUCAAGGUCAGAGUUUGUCAUCUCAUCUCGGAAAUUCUGAUGGUGGUCUCAGAGCUGAUUUCGUAGCGAGGCAUACAACUGACCUUGCACUCCGGAGGGAUCUGUCUCCUAACUUCAAUACAGCUCCGAAUCCAACAGAGGUCAGUAGAAUUAGAAUAAAUUAGUAGUUGAAUCAAUGGCAACAGAUCUUCGAAGCUGCCUCCGUAGAGCUGUGUCGUGCUGUGGCCAUGGAAUUAGGUCUCAAUCAUCCCGAACAGAAAAGAAACUGCAUAUAAUUAGCGAGCAAGUUGAUUUACCAACACCAGUCUUGUUAUUGGGCUGAGCUGCUGCUAGUGAGGGCAACGCCCAAUUAAGAAUUACCUUCCACCUAUGUAGGACGGAACUCCCAUAAGGGAUUUGCGUGUCCCAUUCUCCCUUCAACGGGGCCGAGUUUUGUGGGAAGGGGACCGGUCAUUUUAGGUGCACGUGGUCUGACAAACAAGCUUGGAAGUCGAUUUGGAGCGAACACGAAAGUAGUAUGUGGAGUUAUUGGCCCUAAAUCUACGCCCUAUGAUUAUCUAUUAGUAAAUGCAAUAUUCUAUAAGGCAGUUAGCCUGUGAGGGAGCUGCAGAAACAAAAGCCUGUGGAACUCUUCCCUUAAGGAAUAUUCUCUUUGUAGAUCGCCCGUCAAAGUUUCUUUUUCUUUUUCUAAACUCAGAUACGGUCCUUUCGGAUUCAGUCCAGAAAUUCUCGCCAGCAUUUGACAAACUAAAUGAAAUUGAAUAAGAUCGAUGAAGUUUGAAACAGUGCAGAUUCCUGGUUUUGUCAAUGGAACUUGGAUUCUUGAUUCCGAUCGUAAAUAGGAUUCCAAAUUCCUUGAACUGUAUUUCGGAUCAAAGCCCAGGAUUCUAGACUUUACAAGCAAAGAAUGAUUUUCCCGGAUUCCAAAGUCUGGAUUCUGUUAUGUGGGGCGGCGAUGAAGGUCGUGUCGUAAGAACUCUUACUCGAAAACGCUAUAGAUCCUUGUUAGGCUUUGGGAGGAAAUAAAUGAUGAAUUUGUGCUUUGGACAGAAUGAAGUAGUUGUGAAGGCCAAUUUUUCGUGGCCUUGAAUUUUGUCGGAGGAAACUUAAAGGUACGUUAUUUUUGUUCUUUGUUUAGAAUAACAGGCGCAAUCAACAACUCACAGAACUCACAGGACCAAGGCGUUCAACGUAA